AUGAAGCACUUUACCGCCUACAAGUUGACCCACACACUCCAGACCUACCUUGGUAUGGUCAUGAACAACGGCGAGCCACGAGUCCGCUUAGAUCCAUGCAUACCCAACUACUUGAUAGACACCGAAGAGAUUCAAGUAUCAGCCAAGCACCCCAGCUCGCUCUCGGAAGAAGCUCUUGUCGCUCUGUUCACUUCCUGCGUUCUCGACUGCCGUCUGCCACAAUUCCGUAAUCCCAACGACCCUGAUGUAAAGCGCUUGAAAGCAAACAUAUAUGCAUGCUGCGACACGCAGAUCGAUAUCGCUUUCAUGAAAAGCAAUAUAGGCUCGCUGCUGCGGUUGGACCUGGAGCAAGCAGCAGCCGUUGUGAUAUCCGCUAUCAGGAACGACGAUGGUAUAGCGAACAGAUCAGAAAUUGUGCAAUCACUUCUGAAAGAAAUCCACCCUAAGGUCCUAAGUCACAGCUGUAUGUGGUUCGAAUACGCACACAUGGACUCGGCAAUAACCAUCCAAGCACGCAAGUUCUCCCAUAUAGUCACACAGACACGACACAUAAUUCAAGAUAAGCACAUGGUUGAAAUGGGCGAAUGUCCCGACUGGCAAUGCCUACUUCCCCUUCUUCUGCGCAUCCGCCGUUGCUCUCCACGCUCGCGCUGCCUUUUCAUUCCUGAAUGGAUCUUUCGCGAAGCGAACGCCACUCCUCCCUCCGAGUUUUGCGUCUGGGACAAGCGGGGUCGCGUGGCUGCCGGACACGAGCCCAUCCUAGCGCCUGCCUCCGAUAGUAUCGUCCUGACUCGCAAAGAGUUUCGCCGCGUUCAACGCCGUCUCUUGCGGUACUUCCGCUUCUGGGAUCCCACACUCUGUUUACGACAAGACAUCAAGAAUCUUGAAGCCAACGUCAUUUACGGCACCGAGCUCAUCAGGUCUCAGGUGCUUCCUUCAAACGAUACUCUCGUUGUAGCACACUACUUCUUUGCACUUCAGCGCCGUAUGCAGCGUAAGGUGGUCUCAGACUUGCAGUGGACUAGCUUUCUUCAGAAAGGGGAGAGUGGGAACAUUGUGCAAAACAACCCUGAGAUUCCAACCACCUUCGAAGAACGCCUCAGUACCCUCAGUGGUCAGAGCGGCGUCCCUCUCUCCGGAUCUUUACUACCGCAGAUAGACCAGUGUUGCCUCUUGAUGGAAUCCUACGUCAAGGUCUACGGUAACGGCGAUCGUAAAAAUCUUGUUUUCGUACGGGGCGUGAGCGGUGGGUCGGGUCGUGGUGCAGUAGAUGAUUACAACUUGCUUUGCGAUAUCCUGAACACUUUGUGUGGUAAGGCCAAGGAAGAAGGCGUCAAAAUGCCCGGUCCAGUGAGGAAGUUCUUAGCGAAGGACAUCAUGGCUUGGAACGAGGCAUUCGGUGAUGAUGCUUUCGCUGGCGGGAGGGUGCCGGGAUGGGAGCCAUGGCUGGCUGAACGACGUGAGAUGGGGAUCCUUCAAGGGAUCGAGGCAUUGAGUAUAGAGUGA